AUGUCGACUUGUAAUGAGCAAUUGAGGAAAGAGUUCAAGAAAGAAUUUGCGAAAGGGGCUACAUUUAAAGAGGUUCAACUCUCUAAUGGCACUGGAGACCUUAAGUUUUUCACUACAAUUCUGAGGUUAAAUAAAUGGCUAACUGAUGUAGAGAUGAAUGCAGCAAUUUGUCUGCUAAGAGCAAGAGCAUUCGCCUACCCUAAGUCGUACCCGGCGGAUUUCACCAUCUUAGAUUGCCAGUUUGGCCCUUUGAUUACUUCAUACUAUGACAAUUUUGUUGCUGACUCGGUUGAUCCAGAAAAACCACAUGGCCAUACUUUCGAUCAAAUCAUUUACCACUACUACUGGGGUAGAGAAGAUAGACAUAUGCCCGGUUGGAGCAGUGUUGAUGUUAUUUACUUCCCCCUCAACCUCAACAACCUACACUGGGGAGAUAAGAUCAAUGGGCGACAUGGUUGCAUUGUGGAGGAGAGAAAGGGUCUCCUGCAGCUCAAAGCUAAGCUGGGAUCCAGGAUGAAUCAAUAUUUCAAUAGCUCCUUCUUACCUUCAUGGGUAGAUGAUCAAACCGGUGUCGAUUGUUGUGACUGGGAAAGGGUCACUUGUGAUCCAGUCACUGGCCACGUCUUAAAGCUAUCACUCGACUACAUCUACGGUUUCAACCAAAAUAACAACUUAAAAACGACUAAUUGGAGUACUAGUAGUACUGCUCAAGAUAUCAUUGGAUCAAGUGGAGGAUUUGAGAAAUUAUCGCAAUUGGAGAAUCUGGAUAUAAGCGGUAAUCAACUUGAUGCUAGUGUUUUGUCAUCUUUAAGUACAAUUAAAUCGCUAAAGGUGCUUGAUCUCUCUUAUAAUUCUAAAUUCAAAGACAGUCUUUCCUCUCAAGGGUUUGAGAAGUUGUCUGUUCUAAAACAAUUGAAGAAUCUGUAUAUUAAGGAUAUGGAGUUGGAUACAAGUGUUUUACCAUCUUUGAGUACAAUUAAAUCACUCAAGCUGCUUGAUCUCACAAGAAAUAAUUUAUUGAGGGAUCAUUUUUCCUCUCAAGACUGUGAAGCUUUGUUGGGUUUGAGAAAUUUAGAAGAGCUGUCUCUAGCCGACAAUAACAUGUACAAUGGACAAAUUAAAAUUAACAUGUCUUGCUUGGGUUCAUUACCAUCCUUCAAGAGUCUUUCUCUAGACAAAAAUUAUCCUCAAGGAGAUUCUUCUUCUCUUACUAAAGGCUUAGAAGGACUACAGCAGUUGCAAGUUUUGAGUAUGUCAUUUUGUGGCCUAACAACCAAAGAUGUCAAAUCAUUAUCUAAGAUGGGCAAGCUUAUGAAUCUUGAUUUAAGUAACAACCAUUUAAAGAAGGAUGUGCUAAUGGAACUUCGUGCCUUACCAUCUCUUCAAUUUCUCAACCUAAGCCUCAAUUUAUUUCAAGGCCCAUUCACUAAUCCAGAUUUAAAUGGAUUUGAUCAUUUGGAAAUUCUAAACAUUGCUGGUUGUGGAUUAAAUGGAACUAUACCAGCUCAAAGUAUAUGUAAAAUGAAGAAACUUAAAGAGUUGGAUCUAAGUCGUAAUCUAUUCGAAGGGGGCAUUCCAUCCUGCCUAAAAGAGUUGUCAUAUUUGAGGCGUUUGGAUCUUUCUCACAAUCAGUUGAGUGGAAACUUACCUUCAUCCAUGUUCAGAGAUCUCAAUUUGUUGGAAUAUAUUGGUUUGGGGUAUAACAGUUUCCAAGGAACUUUCUUGUUUAAUGUAUUCGCCAAUUUCUCUAAACUUGAGGAGGUUCUAAUCAGUAACAACAAUGAUAAGUUAGUGGUAGAAACAGAGCAAGCUGAAUGGGUUCCUAAGUUCCAAUUGAAGACUCUUGUGUUGUCAAAUUGCAGCUUGAACAUAUUAUCCGGCGGUACCUUCCCAAAGUUCCUUCUUUACCAAAAGAAUCUUUUAACCCUUGAUCUCUCUCACAACAGAUUAGGAGGAUCCUUUCCCAAUUGGUUACUGGUAAACAAUACAAGGAUCCAGUUAUUAUACUUGCAGGAUAAUAAUUUUGGUGGAUCUCUUUAUCUACCAGAAACUAAGAGUGAGAUCAAAGAAUUGGAUAUUUCCAACAAUGAGUUGAAGGGUCAUAUUCAAGACAAUAUAGGGCAGUUACUUCCUCUAACCAUAAACAUGGACAUAUCCUUUAAUGCUUUUGAUGGUGAUAUCCCUCGUUCAUUAGGUAACAUGAGUUCUUUGGGCAGAUUGACCAUGUCCAAUAAUAACUUGGUUGGUGAAGUUCCAAUUGAAAUUAUGUCAAUACACUCAUUACAGGUCUUGGAUCUAUCAAGUAACCAUUUGAGUGGCUUCUCUAACUUCAAUUGGAGUAUAGGAACAAAUCUGAUCUUCAUUGACAUUAGCCACAACAAAAUGUCAGGUCAUAUUCCGAUUUCUACUGAUAAUUCCAUCGACGCAAUUCUCAUGCGAAACAAUUCAUUUUCUGGACCAUUUUCAUGCGAACUAGUUGCAAAGAGUUUUCUGGACAUUUCAUAUAACUCUUUCACGGGAGAAUUACCCUCUUGUUCAGGCUUUAAAGACUUGAAGCACCUGAACCUGUAUGGGAAUAAGUUCACAGGAAUGGUUCCUGAAGCUAUUUUGAAUUCGUCAAGUCUCAAGACAUUGGACAUUGGAGAGAACCUCUUCUCUGGCUUGAUCCCACCUGAUCUCAUUACUGGUCUCUCUAACAUACAGAUAUUAUCUUUGAGAGGAAAUCAAUUCAAUGGAGCCAUUCCACAUCAGUUAUGCCAAUUGGAAAACUUAAAUUGGUUAGAUUUGUCCCACAACUUUUUCUCAGGAUCUAUUCCUACAUGCUUUGGGAAUAUCAAUUUUGGGGUAGUGAUAAAUGAUUUGAGAGAUGUAUAUACCUUAGGAUCUUCUCUGAUAAAAUUGCAAGAUCACAACUUACAACUUACUUUUCGUUAUAUGGCUAAUGUGGUGAUUUUCACUAAGAAUAGGGUUGAUACCUAUAUUGGAAAACCAUUGGAAUUGAUGUCUGGAUUGGAUCUAUCUUCUAACAACUUGGAAGGAGAAAUUCCAGAUGUACUUGGAAAUUUAAUUCAUAUUCGUGCACUCAACCUGUCACGCAAUUGGUUAAGGGGACACAUUCCUCAAAACCUUUCAAACCUAAUGCAGAUUGAAAGUUUAGAUCUUUCUCACAACAAUCUUACCGGAGAAAUUCCAUCGAAGCUGACGAAUCUGAAUCGUUUGGGGACAUUUUCCGUAGCGUAUAAUAAUCUAUCGGGAAGACUUCCAGAAAUGGGUCAAUUUGCAACUUUUGAAGGAAACAGUUAUGUAGGUAACCCAUUCCUCUGCGGACCUCCAUUGAAGAAAGAUUGUAAAGUUCAGGUCAAUAACCAGGUUAAGAACGAUGAUGAUGAUGAUGAUGGUGAUGAAGCAUGGUAUACAAUUAACAUAGAGGCUUUCUUUGCAAGCUUUAUGGGAUCCUAUAUUGUUUGCAUUUUCGGAUUUUUCGCCGUGCUUUGGAUCAAUGCCCGUUGGCGUGAUAUGUGGUUUAAUUUGAUAGAUAAGAUAUUGUUUUCCUCUUACUCUUUCCUAUCUAAUACCUUAUAUAAGUGUUUUAGAGUUCAAAUAUGA